AUGUCAUCAUCCACCCCCAUCUCCAACCAAAAUCAACCAUUCAAGACCGACUCUCUUCUCCCUACUUCCCUCCCAUCCGCAACACUAGGUCGAAGACGGCACAUCUCCCAGACCCAAACCAACCCAGCAGGCGAGAGCGAGAACCUAACCACAGAAGAGAGGCUCCAGAAGGGGCUGGAUGACGAGCAUGAAAAAUGGAACGAGAGGAUAGAUAAAGAAGUCAAAGGGGUGGUUGAGGGGUUGAAAGAUCUAGUAGGGUUGGCUAAUAUCGGUCCCAACCCUUCUCCAUUGAAUUCAUCGACCCUCCCCCUCCAUCUUCCCCUCCGAACAUCCUCUCUGAUCCGCUCGGCCCAGAAUCUAAGGGAUAUAGCACACGAAUUGAAAUUAUUACUUGUCCUAGGAGACGAGCAGGGUCUAGUCCAGAGGAGGGAUCACGAGAUGGAUCUGGUCAGGAGGGAAAUACAGCGCAAGAGAGGGGAAGUGGGCAAAGAGUUAGGUGGUUUAUUGGGAUUACCACUUGACGAGCAACAGGAAAAAGGUGAACAGCAGGAUAAGAUGGACGAUACCGCUACUGCUACCGCUACUGCUACUGCUACUGCUACUGGUAAUGACGGUCAGGAUGUGAUGAUGGACGAACCUGAGAAUAUACUUCGAGAUCAAGAGAAUACAAGUGAUAUCACCAUCCAACCUCAACAGCCCUUUCCCGAAGAUACAGCACAACAACAACAGCAUCAGCAGCAACAAGAAGAAGAACAUUCAUCGAAUCCAAAUAUCAAUACGAAUCCUAACACAAAUACCGAGUCUAUGCAGGUUGAUCAGGCAAACGAAGAAGACGAUGAAGAUGAUUUCGAAGAGGUAUCAUAG